AUGGGCCUUCUGUGCCUUUAUGUUAUGCCACCACUCUGGAUACCCGUGAAGUUUGAAACAUGUUUUGCGGGUGUGCUUGAGAUUCCCACAGUGGCUACAUCCCCCUCCUUCUGUCUAAGACUUGCCUUGGUUGAGAUGAGUGACUUUGUCACCGCCUAUUGGCAUCUUUUGGGACAAUUGAAUAGAUGGAGGCUAUCGUGGCCCCAUCUUGGUGCUCUUGGAGUCCAUGACAGUGCUGGUCGUGGUCUCGGUUCUUGCAAGCAUGACAGCUUGACGAAUGUCUUCUUGGUGUACAUAUGCAUACACCUGUUCCACUGUGGGAAACGGCUGCAUCUGCAAGAUAAUGACAAGAAGCAGAAUCUGGAGGAUGCUCUUUACUUCAUCGCACUUAAUGGUGGGGAUAAAGAGUCAUGGUCCCGUAGAGUAGACUCAGAAAUUUUAGAAGAGUAUGACAGAUUGAGGAAUGAGGUAAAACUGAAAUUAGUUCAAUCAAAUCCUGAUCUCUCCCCGGAUACUCUCAUGGAUCUUGUUCAAAGACAACUAGGGCUGUCUGCAUGUGAAUCUGGGGGUACGGAUGUUGCUGGGAGGGAAGCGAAUAUUAACACCCCGAUGGUGUUAAAUGAAAAAAUCAUGGAUGCUCUGGGUCUGGUGGGUUCGCCUUCUGGUGAUGUACCAAAAGGGUUUCUGGCUUCUGGCCAUGAUGCGAAUGUUCGAUGGGGUGAUGUUGAGGAGUUACAGAGCCCUGUGAUGCCUUCUCCAGUUAAGGUUCAUCCGGUUGAUCCUGAGGUGACUGGGAAGCAAGCUUUAGUGAAUCCUCGAAAAAACACGAGGGUCCCUUGGUCUGCACUCUUUGCAAAUAACAGAGCUCCGGAAUCCUGUACUCCCAUCCCUGCGUUUCCUUCAGAUGGGUUGGGUGCUAGAUUGAAUCUGUCUGAUCUCACGAGACCAGAGGAUUCCUAUUUGAAGUGCUUAGUUGGGUAUUUUGCAGGUAGAUACCCAGGAAAUGCUACUAUUAGUGCCAUUGUGAACUCAUGGAAAGCCAAUGUUACCUUUAUCAGACAUGUUGACAACUGGAUCGUCUUUAAGUUCCAAGAUGAAGAAGACUUGGAUAGGAUCUUGCAGAAAGCCCCAUAUAUCAAAAGAGGCAGAACCUUAUUCAUUAAGAGGAUGCCAAAGAAUUUUCAGUUUGGCCCUGAACAUAGGACUAUCCUACCUGUGUGGGUUCAACUGAGGAACCUCCCCAUGGAGAUGUGGAAUCCCUUAGCUCUUGGGAAAAUAUGCUCUGAAUUGGGUAAACCUUUGUGUGCAGAUAAGCUUACGAUGCUGAAGGCUAGAGUGUCUUUUGCAAGAGUCCUAGUUGAAGUAGAUGUGGCUAAAGAGCCUAAGUACUCAGUUAAGGUAUUCCUCCUAGAUGAUGAGGAACUGAAUCAAUCUAUUAUUUAUGAAAAUCUACCUCAAUUUUGUACUCACCGUAAGUAUGUGGGUCAUACAGAGAGAAUGUGUGGAAUAAAAAAGCCCAGGGGGGGACCUGCAAAGGUUAAGACUGAUGCUCCUGGUCCCUCUAGGGUUAAGGAUACAGUUACUGUCCCGGAUAAGGUGGGUCCUUCUGCUAACAUUGUGCAGGAUGCCCCUCCUCGUGAUGCCAGUGUGGUGAUUGACAAAGGUAAAUCUGUGGUGGAGGAUCCUGAGUCUUCUGAGAAAAUGACUUUGGAAGAGGUGCCCCAUGAAGCUUGUGAAUCCCCUGGGGAUAACUUAGUGCAGCCUCAGCUGGACCUGGGUAAAGAAAUGGAUACCUCCAUCCCCUUGGAGAUUCCAGUGCAACAGGAAUGCCAGACUCAGUCUGAGGGCCUAGGAGUGUGUGCUCUGCAGGCUACUGGUGUUCCUAAAAGAACUCCACCCCUAGGGAAACCAGGACACAUUUCCAAGGACCCUAAUGAGGGUUUUACAGAAAAAAAAUUCAGUAAUUGGCAACAACUCAACAACUUUGACCUUCAUGAUGCAGGAAGAAUUGUGAUCCUCUGGGAUCCACUAAAAGUCUUGGUUCAGACCCACCAUGCUAGCCCCCAGGCUGUUCACUGCACUGUCAAAUGCUUAGUUUCCUCUAACACAUUCCUAUGCAGCUUCAUUUAUGGUUAUAAUUCUCUGGUUGCCAGAAGACCACUGUGGCUGGAUCUCAUUCAGACUGGCAGUUCCUCUACAAUGCCUUGGAUGCUCCUUAGUGAUUUUAAUUCUGUCCUUAAGCCUGUGGAAAGGAGGAAAGGCAGUCCAGUAUCUGUAUAUGAAACAAAGGACAUAAAUGAUUGCUUUAAUGAAGUUGGCUUAUCUGAUCUGAACGCUUCUGGAUGUCUACUUACAUGGUCUAAUGGAAAUGUCUGGAGCAAGUUGGACAGAGUUGUGGUUAAUCAGUGUUGGCUUGGCACUGGUUGGAACUCCCAUGCAGUUUUUCAAUUUCCUAGAAUACUGUCUGAUCAUUCUGUUUGCUUAGUAAAUUUAUUUGCUGACCAGGACCUGGGUGCUCUUCCAUUUAAAUUCUUCAACAUGUGGUCCACUCAUGCUGAUUUCAUGAGGAUUGUAAAGGAUGUUUGGGAAAAUGAGUUUGUUGGUAAAUUGCAAUAUUGCUUCUGCAAAAAGCUCCAGAUCCUGAAAAAACCAUUGAGACUUUUGAAUUCCUCAAACUUCUCUCAUAUCUCAUCGAGAGCUGAGAUAGCCACUUCUGAAGUGAAGGACCUCCAACAAUUGCUACACAACAACCCCUCAUGUCAGUCCCUGCAGGAGGAUUUGAAAUCAAAGAAACUGAAUGCCUUAAGACUUGAGGAAGCCAACAGACUAUUUUUAGCUCAAUUGUCCAAAAGUAAAUUCAUUAAGUACAGUGACAGGGGCUCUGCUUUCUUUCACAUUCUGCUUCGAAGAAACAGAGCUAGGAAUCAUAUUGCCUCUAUUACUUUGCAGAAUGGGAACCUAUCUGAAUCUUAUGAUCAGGUUGCCCAAGAAUUUGUAACUUACUAUAAGCAGCUAUUGGGGUCUACUGGCUAUAACUCAUUAGUAGACUCUCACAUCUUGGCUAGAGGUCCUGUAUUAAAUGAGGAAAAAAGAAAUAGUAUGAUGGCUCCUAUAACAGAUGAUGAAAUUAAGGAUGCUCUUUUCAGGAUUGGAGACAACAAAGCCCCUGGUCCUGAUGGGUUUUCUGCUGGUUUCUUUAAAAGUUCUUGGAAUAUUAUAGGCAACGAAUUUAUUAUGGCUGUCAAGGAAUUCUUUGAGAGUGGGAGGCUACUUAAGCAGUUAAACCAUACUGCUAUUGCACUUAUUCCUAAAUCCAGCCAUGCUACUUCAGUAAGAGAUUUCAGACCAAUUGCAUGCUGUAAUGUGUUCUACAAAGUAAUUUCCAGGAUUAUAGCUGAAAGAAUUAAACCAGUUCUAGAUGACUUAAUUAAUCCUGCACAAGCUGCCUUUAUUAAAGGUAGGAGCAUGAUGGAAAAUAUUUAUAUGGUGCAGGAAUUAGUAAGAGGGUAUGCAAGGAAGAGGAUUUCCCCUCGGUGCUUAUUGAAAAUUGAUCUUUUGAAAGCUUAUGACUCUGUGGCUUGGCCCUUCCUCAAGGAGAUGCUCAUCCACCUAAAGUUCCCAGAUAGGAUGAUUUCAUAG